GGGAAUAUUUCAGAAGCUCCACGGAGAUGCGCUUCGUGCUUUGCGUGGCCCUGCUCGCCGCAGCUGGGGUCAUCUCCGGUGUGGCUGCAGAUGAAGCGUUCCUCCUUGCGCACGACGGCGACGCCACCACCCACCACCGGAGCCGAAGCCGGACCUUGCUGGAUGCUAGCAAACCAUGCCCGGUGGACUUUGCGGCGGCGAACUAUACCGUGCUCACCAGCCGGUGCAGUUGGCCCCCGUUCGAUCCGUCGCGGUGCUGCCCGGCGUUCAAGGACUUUGCGUGCCCUUAUGUCAACUAUUUGAACAACAACAACGACUGCUCAGUUACCAUGUUCCAAUACAUCCACUUCUACGGUAACUACCGGCCGGGGCUCUUCUUUCACAACUGCAAUGAAGGCCCCAAAGGCGUCGAAUGCCCUGACGACACCCCUUUGUACAGACCAUCAACGGCGCCGCCUCCUCUCUGAAUAAGUUACGAAAAUUCUCUCUCAAAGAAAG